GUUUUGCGCUGCCAUGUGGCAGCGCUGGGCAGUACUGGCUUUCAUCUCAGCGUAUGCUGAGCUUGGCGACUGGACGCAGGUUCAUUGCAGCAGCGGUCCAUCCGCAAGGCGAUGGCACACGGCAGUGCUGGAUGUGGGCAAGAUCUGGGUUUUCGGUGGCAACUGCAGCAAAGACGGCAGCCUGAAGAAUGACGUUUGGUACUUCGACACGGUGGGCUGGGAAUGGAACUCAGUGGAGUCCAUUGGUCUUCGGCCCUCCCCCCGCUUUAGCCACAUUUCAGACAUUCAGUUCGGCAAGAUGUGGGUCUUUGGUGGUGUCGUAUCAACUGGCUUGAGCAGCGAGCUGUGGUGCUUUGACACCUCAGCUAGCAACUGGACCUUGGUGGAUUCUGGGAGUGGCCCCAGUGCAAGAGAGAGCAUGGCCAUGGUGAUCAGCGGUGGGAAACUGUGGGUGUUUGCUGGCUACGAUGGGCGGAAGAGGAAUGAUCUUUGGUCAUUCGACACCUCGCGCGGAACUUGGACCUUGGUGGAUGAGGGCAGCGGUCCUUCUGAACGCUGGAGCCCUGCAACUGUGCAGCAUGCUGAGCGGAUGUGGGUGCUGGGUGGCUGGAGUCAAGCUGGCCUGGAAAAAGAUGUCUGGUACUUUGACACCAGAGCUCUGACUUGGACCACUGUGGAUGCUGGCGCUGGCAUGUCCCCCCGCGAGAGCCAUACAGCCGUCCUUCGAGGAAGCAAGAUCUGGGUGUUCGGGGGCUUAACGACCACAGGCGAGGCAGGCGAGGCAAAUGACGCAGAUGCAGUGUGGUGCUUGGAUACAGAGGCUGCCAGCUGGACUUUGGCAGACUCUGGGACUGGCCCUCGCAACUUCCUGUAUCCCGUUUCUGUUAUGGAUGAAGCUGGUAGGAUGUGGUCUUACUAUGGCACCUUCUGGUAUUUUGAUACGCUGGGUACCUCCACAAUCACUGCUUCAUCCACGACACGGACAAAGACGUCCACGCAAGCGUCCACAACAAACACGACCUUGACUUCUACUACCACGUCCACCUCGACGUCGACAGCGUUUGCAACCAGAAUUAGUUCCUCUUCCACUACGACGCAAUCAACCUGGACAACCAGCACAACGUCUUCAAUCUCCUCCAGCUCUAGCUCAGCGUCAAAGAGCUCGAGUAGUUCAACAUCCGCAUUUUCCGCAACACAGACAUCGCAAGCCUCAUUCACCACAAUGUCAACCAGCUCUAGCUCGACGUCAAGCUGGAGCUCGAGCAGUUCGACCUCUACAUUUUCCGCAACACAGACACAGGCCACUGGAACCUCAUCCACAAUGUCAACAAGCGCUAGCUGCUGGAGCUCGAGUUCAACCACUACAUCUAUCACCAGGACUGCCACUUCAACUUUGACGCAGACAGAAACCACCUCAACCAUCACAGAGACGACGUCGACAUCCAACAUGGGCUUCGCAUUUCUGGCGGGAAGGUUAAGCAGUGAGAACGCCUCACAGCUGGAGGACCUUCUGAUGAGUCACAUCGACAGCCUUCUCACGGCCAAUGGAAAUCGAAAUCCCAACUCGACUAACGUGAGCCAAACGAGUGAGGUCCAGCUGCCGGAUGGUGCCGUUCUGUCUUUGACCAUUCCGCAUGAGACUCAGCCUGUGCUGGCAACGACCGCAAACUCCACAGUGUUUGUGCCACGGAGCGUCGCAUCGCUAGCUGCGAGGCCGGCCUUGGCUGCUUUGUCCGUGCCAAGCGGCGAGCAUCUCGGGGACGACCUCCGGCGCGGGGCCGUGAUCGACAUGGGAGGUAAGGAGAAAUGGAGACUUGCAGGUCCUCUGCUGGAGCUGAGUUUGCUGGACUUGGAUUCGAACUCGAAGGUGGACGUGAAGAACCUGUCUGAGCCCAUCAUCUUCCGCAUCGCCUCAGGGUCCUUCUCCGGUGCGAAGUGUGCGUUCCUCACACCCACGCCCACGUGGUCUCAAGAGGGGGUUUAUCGCCCAAGCCCGGAAGAACUCCGGGCCAUUGGGGACGACACGAGUGGAUUUUGGUGUGCCACCACACAUCUCACUACGUUCUCCAUCCUGGAGCCUGUGGUUUGCUCCUUUUGGGGCAGCUUGAAGCCGGGCGCAGUUUGUUUUGAUCCUCCCAUCUUCAGCGCCUGUCUGUUGGGCGUGGCGUUCUGCCUCUGCUGCAGCGUCUGGGCUUUUUGUCUCCUGAUGAAGUCCAGGAAAGUAAUUGGAGGCACCAUCAGUCUUCAGGACACACGGGGCUCCGAGCACGAAGUCCCAUUUCAGGUCGUGCGGCCUAGGCUGCAAGGAAUGCGAGCAGGCUGCAAGACGACCGUGAGCUGGUCCCUGGAGGCAGAGAAGUGGCAGGAUUUGGGCUCGCUGGCAUCACCAACGCGGUUCGCAGACCGCGGAACCCGCGUGAGGACGAAGCAAAGUUUCUUCAGGAGCAACAGCGUCUUGAGCUCCACUGGGAGCUCGGCCGGGUAUCACCAUCCCUCGCCAAGUGAAGCUGAGGGCCUUGAGACUGAGGGCUUUGAGGGUGUAGUGCCGCUCCCGCUUCCGACCAUUGCCUCUCCAGUCGCCCGAAAGGAAGCCUCACCCUGUGGGCCGCUGGAGGCGUAUGUGGACGGGACCAAAGUCGAGUACUUCUCUGAGACGCAUAACAAGUGGGUGCAGGGCUCCAUUCAAGGCCCUGGACGGGUUGGCCGCAACGGAAUGCCGGUCUACACGGUCGCCUUGGGAAGAGGACGGCCACGCAGCUUCGUGCCGCUUGAGCGAUUGCGGCUGCCAUUUGAGAAAGCGGAGGCGGUGAGUGUGGAGUUUCAGGGACGGUGGCAAGCAGCGGUGGUGGUGGGAAUGCAUAGCCUCCCCUUGGCGUAUGCCGUCCGUUUGCCCGAUGAGACCUUGGUGUUCCCCGCGGAGAAAGUGCGCGUCAGGUACGUCGAUGGUGACGCCGUUGAUGUGUACCAAGGCCUCGAGCAGGGCUGGGUCACUGCUGUAUGUGGAUCCGGAUCCGAGUCCAGCUGGCCAGAAGUUUCUGUGAAAAGUAGCGAUGGGCUAUUGAGACACUCGAUUUCUUAUGUGCGACGUUCAGAAUUUGCAGAAGUUUGAUUUGGCAUGGGCCCACUGCACAGGUAAGUGGCUGUCACGGAGCAGGGUGUGAAACAGUCGUUUGUUUUUGGUCCAGUACGCCGCAUCAGCUUGUCACAACGGCAUUUUGAUGUGAGUGUUCCGCCUUCCUUACAUGAUCGGCUUGUCCGAACCACUGCAAAGCCAGCAGCGAUGUCUUGGAAGCCUUGUACAGAAGAAUGAUGAAUAUAAUUGCAUCAAAGCAUCAUGGAUGUGUCAGAAUUCGCUGGAGUUGUGUUUUACAGCGUGAAUCUGUUUAAUGGUGUUGCAUUGCAUGAUGCAAUGUGGAGGUGCUGCAUAUGUGUUUGCAUUGUGUGAUGCAUUUGCUUGUAUGUUAUCUUUUGACAAGGGUUCAGCUAGCAAAAGUCGAGCUGAUCCAACGCUGCGUGUUACAGGAAUUUGCAGGAAGCAGCCAGUUGCACGUUAAAUCCCGCCCGUGACAGCUCAUGCCAGGACACCGAGAA